AGCUCGCGGAUUGUGUUCGGCAAAACGACGUUUACGAGAUUUAUUCGUCAUCCUGCGCCUAAAUUCUUAUCAGAUCAGACCGGAUGCGGCCCUUUCGAGCCCGCCAUGUGGAUCCAUCCGGUCGAUGGCCCUCGAAGGUUUCCUUGUGCAGGGGGCCUCCGGCGAGCAUGCGUAUCGCAUUAGGCCUUGAACUCGAGUACCCUACGCGGCAGAGGAAUGACUCUUAGUGCUUUAUCGCCGACUGUCGGCCGACCUCACGGCUUUUACCCUCUAUAAGUAUGAGGCGCUCUUCCUUUGCACACCCUUCUGUAUACCAAUGAAGACACCUGCUCUAUUCUGCUUGGAGUAUCAGGCUCAAUCAUCGUUUUUCUUUUACUUUGCCUCUCAUGGAUAUCGCCGACAUGAAAACACAUCCGUCUUUGGAUGUGGCUUCUCACGCUGCUUCGCAACGGGACCUCGUGUGGGAAAGAUACCUGCAGUUAUUAGCUGAGGAGACUUCUAUGCCCGACAAGAUAUUUAACAGUGGUUAUACUAUCCGCGACCUCGAUCCAAACUUAGUCGUUCUUGACGAAGAUGCUCAUGAGCACCCUCGUACUUGGCCGGUUCGAGAGAAAGCCCGUGCAACCGCCAUGAUUGGUGGCUUUUGCUUCCUAUCACCGUUCGCAAGCACCAUAUUCGCGCCGUCUGUUCUCCAGGUCAUGCAUGAUCUACACAUCACUGAUAGUACGGUCGGCGCCCUACAAGUCUCUAUCUUCAUGUUCGCAUACGCUAUCGCCCCUCUCUUCCUCGCUCCCCUAAGCGAGAGAUAUGGCAGGACUGUAGUCAUUCAUGGGGGCAACCUCAUCUUUGUGGCAUUCUGCAUAGGAGGGGGAUACUCCCAGACGACUGCCCAAUUUUCUGUAUGCCGUUUCCUGGCAGGGAUUGGUGGUUCAGCAGCCGUCGCGGUCGUCGGAGGCGUAGUCGCGGAUAUCUGGGACUUGAAGUCUCGGGCGAAAGCAUCUGGCAUUGUGAUGAUUGGGCCUGUUCUAGGGCCCAUCAUUGGCCCCGUCUGUGGCGGAUGGAUGUCCGAAGAAGCAUCAUGGAGAUGGACUUUGUGGGUUCCUGCGAUCGCAUGCGGCGUUUUAUCACUUCUCGGUUUAUUCCUCAUGCCGGAAUCGUACGCACCGCGUGUCCUCCAAAGAAAGCUCAGCAAGGCCCAGAAAUCUCGAGCAAACGAUCAUCUAUACACUGUUCUUGAUCUACAGCAGCAGCAGCACGCUUCAUUCGGUGCGUUACUAAGUGAGGUUGCUAGACCACUUGUUUACCUUGUGCUCGACCCAGCACUGCUUCUUGGGUCCCUUUUCUAUUCCAUUGUGUUCGGCGUCAUCUACCUUCUUCUCGUUACGUUCGCAAACGUUUUCGGCCGAGGCUACGGUCAUUCUGUUGGUAUCGUGGGCACGGAUCUCCUCGCCCUUGGUGUCGGAAUGAUUAUUGGUACCGUUGCCACCAUCAAGGUUAUGGAUGCGGUCUUCAAGCGGGAUACGUCUACGGGGCAGCUUAAAUACAAGCCCGAAUCUCGUUUAAUCAGUUGCAUUGCUGGAGGGCUCCUAUGUGUUGGUGGCCUUUUCAUGUAUGGGUUUUCGGCAUUAAAGACACACUUCAUUGUGCCACUAGUAGGCUGCGCGAUCUUUGCGAUCGGUGGCAUCAACAUCAUGCUUGCGAUUCAGCUCUACGCCGUUGACGGUUUCAAGUAUCCCGCUUCCGCAUUUGCCACCAUCUCGGUGCUUCGCUGUCUCUUUGCCGGUGCUUUCCCCCUCUUCGGGCCCAAGCUCUUUGACAGGCUCGGCGUUGAUUGGGGUGUUGCUCUGCUUGCCUUCCUUGUAUUGGGCAUUGGUAUGCCGUUGAUUGCUCUUCUGUACAUUUUUGGACCGAAACUACGUAAGGUUGGUGUUGACCGCAUGGACAGGUUUGUGGGAGAUGAAAGAAAGUAGUCCCCUCGAUGAAGACGGAAGGCUGCAUGUCGUGCACUGUAAAGUAGCAAAUCCCAGCUCUCAUACUUAGUAUAAGAGCUCCCUCCGAGACUGCUUACGGAAUCACUAGUGACGGGCG